CGCUGGUCCGCUGUGUCCCUCAGACACAGCGCAUCACGGAGAGAGUCGAAGAUGUCGGCUCGGUCAUGUGAUCAGCUGUGUCCAAUCACAGCUGAUCACAUGUAAAUAAGUGCCACCUGUCAGUGCUCAUCAGUGCCAGUGCCCAUCAGUGCCAGUGCCAGUGCCCAUCAGCGCCACAUCAAUGCCACAUAUCAGUGCCCAUCUGAGCUGCCUUUCAAUGUCAGCCAUCAGUGCCAGUCAGUGCCACCUAUCAAUGCCAAACAGUGCCACAUAUCAGUGCCACCUAUCAGUGCCAGUCAGUGUCGCCUAUCAGUGCCAGUAAGUGCCGCCUAUCAGUG